AUGAUGGGCCGGGGCAAUCGUUCCACUCGCCCUUCCCGCCUCUCGGUCGAGCCUUCGACGCCCAAAUCCAACGAAUUCCAGUUUGUGUACUCACCCGCAACCAGUAUAUCGAGCUGCAUGUCGUCAGAGGUCGACACUCGCUGCACUUCCCAAGUCGACCCGCUCUUCUACUCCGUCGUGAAUCAUCUCCAGACACCCCUUUGCCCGCUCAUCUCCAGCACCACAGGCCUCCAGCAUCCUGAGUUCCCUGGUACCAUCCUCGCCUACCACCUACUGACCUCGCGCCAGCUGGACGAUCUGGCCCGCCAUUACCACCAGAUCUACCCCCCGGUAGCUGCAACUUCUUAUUACCCCAUCACCAUUCCCCCGUGGGUGGGCGCCUCCGACGAGUCCGACGUCAACCUCGACACCAAGCGUCGCCGCUUCGGCCGCUUCAUCGGGCUUCGUGGUUGUGAAUCGCCCGUCCAGUGUGAUUACAACUUCGACGACGAUAGGAUGGAUACCGACCCGGACGUUGCCAUUCCGUGCGAUCCGCUGCCUCUGCCUCAGUGCGAGCCUCAGCAGGCGGCACCGCCGGCGGAAGAAACUGAGGCGGAGAUGCUGGCGCGCAUGGAUCGCGAGUGGCAGGAGUGUCUGCUGCAUGCGCGACAGGACUCGGAUGCUGCAUUGCGGUUGAAGAUGAACGGGUUCUGA